UCUCGCAGCCGGGACGGGACAAUCAGCGGCCGGGGGCGGAGCUCGGAGCCCUCGCUCGAAGGCGGGCGCGCCCGGCCUGGUUCGUGAGGGGACACAGCCCGGCCUCCAGCGCAGCGCCAUGGGGAAAGUGCUGCUGCUCGCCCUGGCCGGGAUCCUGGCCGCCCUCCUCGGGGAGAGGCUAGUGGAGUUUCGACGUAAACUGAAUGGCUCCAGAGAGCUGGAACCAGUGGAACUUCCCAACUGCCACCUUAUUAAAGGAAUUGAAAGAGGGGCAGAAGAUAUUUACAUCCUUCCUGAUGGUCUGGCUUUCAUUAGUUCUGGUUUAAAAUAUCCAGGGUUAAAAAGCUUUGCUCCAGACAAGCCAGGUGAAAUAUUUCUGAUGGAUUUGAACGAUGAAAACCCAAGAGCAGUAGAACUGAGAAUCAGCCGCGGGUUUGAUCUGGCAUCAUUUAACCCUCAUGGGAUCAGCGUGUACAUAGACAAAGAUGACUCAGUGUAUCUCUUCGUUGUGAAUCAUCCAGAAUUCAAGAGCACAGUUGAGGUGUUUAAAUUUGUAGAAGAUGAAAAUUCUCUUGUACACCUGAAAACUAUCCGACACGAACUUCUGUCAAGUGUGAAUGAUAUUGUGGCUCUGGGACCUGAUCAUUUCUAUGCUACUAAUGACCACUAUUUCUCUGACUCCAUCUUGAUGUUCUUGGAGUUGUUUUUGGGCUUGAGCUGGACAAAUGUUGUCUACUACAGUCCGACAGAAGUUAAAGAGGUAGCCUCUGGGUUUUACUCAGCCAAUGGAAUUAACAUUUCACCAGACAAAAAGUAUGUUUAUAUUGCUGACCUGAUGGCUCAUCAUGUCCAUGUUAUGGAAAAACAUGCUAACUGGAGUCUAACUCAGUUGAAGGUGCUGGAAUUGGACACGCUAGUCGAUAAUUUAUUUGUUGAGCCUUACACUGGGGAUAUUUGGGGAGGAUGUCAUCCCAAUGGCAUGAAGCUACUCUUCUAUGAUCCUGAGAAUCUUCCUGGUUCUGAGGUAAUCCGGAUCCAGAACAUUCUUUCUGCAAAACCUACAGUGACCCAGGUGUAUGCUGAGAAUGGCUCAGUGCUUCAGGGAAGUUCAGUUGCUGCAGUGUAUUCUGGGAAACUGCUCAUAGGCACCGUGUUCCACAGAGCUCUUUACUGUGAACUAUAGUUCACUCUGGAUAGACUUUGUUGGGGGGAGGGUUCAGUUGCUUCUAAAUUGCUAAUUCCAAGCUACAUUGCAAUAAGAGUUAUGACAAUGUAUCCCUAGCCUUCCUCGCCUCAAGGAACUAACGUCAGUUCUAUUCAGUGGUGAAUGGAAAUGGAUUUAAAGGUAAAAGAAUGUGUGCGAGUGUGUGGGGAUUAAUGUGGAAGAUCCCAGGCCAAUAACAAACUGUGGAUGUCAAUUACAAAUUCAACAUUAAAAGAAAAUGGCUGAAAAUUAGUUGGUUCUUGGGUUGCCAACUGUGAUCAGACUUCUGGGAGAGUUGAGUUGAUGAUCUGCCUACUGUGUAAAAUAAUGGAGGCAGUGUUGAAUAAACACGUGGUUUGGAUCAGUGACCCAAAUACUUUGGCGGGGAGGAGGGGCUCCUUUUCACCCCUCCAUCAUUUUUCCCUAGGCUGUCAGAAAUUAUUUGAAACCCAUGGGUUGCCUUCUCAUGAACCUGUUCUCGGACAUACUCUUGCCUGCAUACAAGAAUAUUAGGUGCAUGAUUUAAAUAACCCUUCAAAGAAUGAGUUCAAAAAUCUCUGCUUUCUGAAGAGGUCUGAAAUUCCUUAACCAAACAGUGCCUUGGAGCCUGUAGUCUCCACGUACAGCCAGAGGAGCAGUGGUGAAAGCUGCACCACAGCGAAGGCCUUUAGCGCAGAGAGUGCAGUUCAUACACUAUGUGUUUAAUUUCCAUGCUGUGUGAAACUGCCACACUCAUGGCAAAGGAUUCUACCAGACAAACGAUUGUAACGCCGUUUGCUAGAAUGACACAGUCCACACUGUGUAAUCAUUGUAUUGGUGAGGCUCGUAUGAUCUUUGUCUGCUAAAGCAUUCUGCCACUGUUUCUCUGGCAAGAAGACAGGCAGUAUAGUCUUGGAGAGUGAACUCAGGACUUAGAAUCAGGGACAGCUGCAUUCUAAUCAUACUUCUCCCAUAGCAGAGCUGUGUUGCUGGGGACAGGUUACUUAACCACUCUCUCACCCUUUCUUCAGCUGUAGACUGGGGAGAGAGAUGCCAAGGGCACAGAACAGUUAUGAGGAAUGAUAGAAAAUGUGAAAGCAGCAUCACCUCAGUGCUAGCUCCCUGCAAUGGGGGGGGACGCUGUACUGGAUCGGGUAGAACACUGCUACAGGAGCAAGUAUCGAGGCAACCUAACCUGAAGCUCUGGCUGUCGUACUCAUCCUGUGGCUUAAACUCUAACUGUUCACUGCACUGGGAAGCAACUACCAGGAGCUCUGACUUGGGUCCUUUUUAAUGAUCCUCUAUAUAAAAAAUCCACAUACAAUAGAAGGGUAGAAUUCUAGCUGAUGGUUAAAAAAGGCCCCGUGCAUUAUCAACCUAGGAAUAGAGAACUGCUAUUGGUUCCCUUUCCUAUUGCUACCCCUGCCUCCAUGUUCCGGUUAGACUCUGCUUGCUCCAAAUCCUCUCUGUGCUGUCUGAGCCACCUUUCCAAACACGUCUGGCUCUAGCAUCAGUGCUGCUAGUGGGGAGAGAGCACUGUGCUAAGUGAGCAACUCAGGUGUGGAUGCUACCAGUGAGUUACAAGGUGAUAACAUGGUCAAUUUCCUGUACCAUGGUGGCUAGGUUGUUGUGACUGCGAUCUAAGAAUCUGCAAUACUAGAUAACUCUCUAAUCGCAGCAGUUUGGCAGCAGCAACUGCAGUUGGAUAGAGAAUGUGUUGUUUUUACAGAAACAGAGAAGGGCCUGGUGGGGUCUGGCUCAAGGGGAAUACAAAGCAACUGUAUGGCCCCCUCACUGGCUGCUCUAGGGGUCAUGCCAGCAUGUGCAGAAUCAGUCCUGCACCCCCCCUCCACUGAUGAGCCCCACUCUAGUGGGGGUGGGGAGAGGCAUGGCCAAGGCAUUCCUGUGACCUGGCUACUUGCUCGCUGCUGUAACAGCCCCAGAGCUCAUAGGGACCAGAGCACAGGUUAGGGCUGCCCCAUCUGAACUGGAAGCUAACUAGAAGCCACGUGUGAUUGCCUGCCAGUGUGGGGGCUAAGUCAUGGCAGUGAAGAGCCUGGGUCUGGAACAGAGGGAGGUGCCUUGCAUGUGGUGCGAACUGCACCUGCUCUGAGGAACUCUGCAUCAGUACCAGCAUGAAGCUAACCCCCGAAUCCUAGAGAACGCACUGUAUGCUCAUUUGCCUUUAUUUUAGGGGGAGCAAACUGGCUCGCCCAGCAGCUUCUCUCCCUGCAGCAUUUGUUUAAUAUGAACAGUAGGGAAAGCACAGCUUCCUCCUCCCCCACUUUUUCCAAAGGACAAACUGGGCCCUUUUGGGGGAAGUACUAAUAGAAAGUCACGUGUCUUCAAAUAUACUUAGUUCUGGAAUAUGCUCUAGUCUUGUGGUUAAUUACUGUGUAAACAAAAUUCUUAUAAGGAAAAACAUCACCUGACAUAACAUUUUGAUCUUUACAAUAUCAUGUUUCUGAUGAUUAAUAUAAAUACAGAUUUUUUUUAAUCUGAAAUUGUGGCAUCAUAAUACUCAGUGGAUCAUUAUAAACAAUGUUUAGCUUUACUACUCCCUGUGCUUUUCCUAAUUCAUUAAUUGAUGUACAGUGUCAAAAAUUUAUUUGAUUGUAAACCUGGUAAACCAUGAAUGUUCUCAUCUUUAUGAAAAGAUAUUACACCACAGAAUUUUUAUACAAAAUGUGACCCAUUUUACCUCUUAUCCUUUAGAUUAAAUCUUCUUCAAAUGUAAAAUUAUUUGGAAUUGUUUUGUCCAUUAUCCCAAUUUUUGGUUCUGGGAAAAAUAAAGCCUGUAUUGAUCCUGGUUUUUAUUUUAA